AUGGACAACUUCCAAGGAGACCUAACAGACGUUGUACGAGGUAUCGGGUCAGGACACGUUUCAUCAUCUACUGGGCCAUCGGAAGGUCCAUCUCCGAGCAGUUUGUCUCCGCCACCGAUUUCAGAUGUCCCCUCCGUCGCUAGUUGUCAGAUAAAUCCCUUCGGCGACCCGUUCGUAAGCAUGACAGAUCCUCUCUUCAACCUCACGGCUAACAAAAGCAACAACAGCUUCGAAGUCUUUCCAGAGGUUUCUGAGGAUGAUCAUAUCAAGAGUAAAUGCAGUGUCUUCCCAAGAAUCCAGAUCUCACAGAGCAACAUCAUCCAGGAUGCCUCCAAGUGUAGUUCCCAAGCUAUGGCCGUCUCCUCCGCCGUCGCAGCAGCUUCGCCGUGGGGAAUGAUCAACGUUGUCGGCACUAACAGUCCAAGAAACUGUUCAAUGGUCGAUAAUAAUAACAACACGUCAUCUUCUUCGCAGAUUCAGAUCUCUUCCCCUCGGAAUCUUGGCAUAAAGAAGAGGAAGGGGCAGGGAAAGAAAGUGGUGUGCAUACCGGCUCCAGCCGCCAUAAACAGCCGGUCCAGUGGGGAAGUAGUUCCGUCUGAUCUGUGGGCUUGGCGUAAGUACGGUCAAAAACCAAUCAAAGGUUCUCCUUAUCCCAGGGGUUACUACAGAUGUAGCAGCUCGAAAGGUUGUCCAGCUAGGAAACAAGUGGAACGUAGCCGCACCGAUCCAAACAUGUUAGUCAUUACUUAUACAUCUGAACAUAACCAUCCAUGGCCCACUCAACGCAACGCUCUCGCCGGCUCCACUCGUUCUUCUAUCUCCUCCUCUUCAAACCCUUCUUCCAAAUCCUUGACUUCAAUCGCAACGGCAAUUACCUCGUCCUCAUCCAGAGUCUCUCAAAACAAAGACGAACCCAAUAAGUCCCACUUGGCCUCCUCCUCCACCCCUCCUUCUCCUUAUGUGGCUGCGGCGGUCAAGGAGGAGGACGUUGAGGAGGGUGAGAACAAAAUGGAGUUCGAUAAUGACGUUGACGAUACCUAUAGACCGGAGUUUCAACAUCAGCCGGAGGGUUUCUUCGCCGAUCUUGACGAGCUAGAGGAAGAUUCUCUAACUAUGUUACUCUCUCAAGGAUUCUCAGGAGGUGGAGGCAACCUAGAGAACAAAACGACGAUUCCCGACGUUUUUAGCGAUUUCUUUGACGACGACUGCUCAAGGUCGUUAUAA